AUGGUGACAUGGAGGCGAAGGCCAAGGAGUACAAAUGAGAGAACGAGACUCAAGAGGGCUCAAGAAGCAGCACAACAUAUGGAAGCCUGCGAGCAGUAUGAAAGGCCAGCAAGUAGUUGCGCUGAUUCUGGAGUCUUCCGAGGGAGACCGAACGAGAAUGAGUUCUUGCGUAGAUUCCGAGAGAAGUACAUGCCCCUUGGAUACGAUGACUGGGCAUUGCUAGAAAUCCUCGGCGAUGACCACCCGGGCCAAGAUGUGGGGCCUGAACGAGCUAACCUAGGGUUGGGUCCAAAUCAGCCUGUCUCAGAGUUUUGCGUCAUCCUCAAGGGAUUAGCGCAGAAGGCGAAUCCCGAUUGUAGUAUUUCGGAUAGGUCUUUAGAAUAUGCACAGAUCCUACUUGAUAAUGUGAGAGAGUGGCCAGAGCAUGUGCAGUUACUGAGUUUGCUGCACAGAUCUGAUCCAAGGAAGGCUUAUAGUGAGAUUAAACAAUUGGCGAUUACGAUAGAACAAUCAAGAGGAAUGUACGGGACGGAGUAUAGAGACGUCUCGGCAGGGACGGAGUGGAAGAAAAGGAGAGAUGCCUAUAGAAGCUUUGAGGAAAACGACAGCGUUACAUCGUUGGAUAGGCGAAAUGAGCUUCAGCAUCAGGAAACGUCUUCAGACCAAAAGGAGAAAGAUUUCGAAACCCGAAAAUGUUUCAACUGCUCAAAAAUGGGACACAUUGCCAGGAAUUGCCCGUUGGGGAGACCUACAGUUAAAAAUAUAAACGAAAGGAAGACUAGGGCAGAUUGCAUAAGUGAAAUAAAAGCAUAUCCGAUAUUGUGCGACGGGCCCAGUCAAUGGGUAUAA